CCGGGAGCCUAGGAGGAGGUGCUGCAAGGUCGACAACAGCAUCCUGUCCUGAACAACAGACGGACCGGAGGUGGCCGCGAUCAGUCCAGCGGGCCAGUGAGUAAAGUAAGCGGGCUCUUUUGGAUUUCCUGCCGCGGAAGAAGAAGGAGGAGAGUGGCUGAAAGUUGGCCGCCUGUCCCCUCAUGUUCCGAGGCAGCUAGCGAGCUAUCCUCCGCUACUACCGCUCUCCGCGAGACCUCAGCGGCGUGUUUCUCCGGCUGGAGGGAGACAGUUUGUCGCGGGAUCGAGUCCCGGGCUCCCACACUUCCUCCGCUUCGUUUGUGGGCCAUAGCGUGUUUUUUUUUAACACACUGUUUCCACGUUUCCUAGUGUUUUUUGUGCCAUGUCAGCGCCAUCCUCCACACCCUCCGCCCCAGCGGAGGGCACGGCGCCGCCGGAAUACGAUUAUCUAGCCACGGAUAGCGGGCUGAGGCCGCCCGGUCCGACGCCCAGCCAGAGCCGCUUCCAGGUGGACCUUGUGGCUGAGGCAGCGGGCGCCACCGAAGACAAGUCCCCGAGCUCCGACGCCUCCACCACUGUCCCAUCCAGCGAUAAGACCACUCCCGUCGCUCCUCCAGAGGUUUCGGCUGCCGAUCCAGGUGUCGGUGGGGAGGAAGCCAAAGGCCGGUUCCGGGUGGUGAACUUCGCGGAUCCGAGCGCGGAGGGCAGCGCGGCCUCUCCGGACGCCUCGCCGGCCGAUGGGCUGCAGAACGGGGACACGGUGAUGAGCGAGACCAGCUUACAUUCAUCCACAGGGGGCCAGCAUCACUAUCACUAUGACACCCACACCAACACCUAUUACCUGAGGACUUUUGGCCACAACACCAUUGAUGCCGUGCCCAACAUCGAUUUCUACCGGCAGACAGCAGCGCCUCUGGGGGAGAAACUCAUCAGACCCACCCUGUCGGAGCUGCACGACGAGCUGGACAAGGAGCCAUUUGAGGAUGGGUUUGCCAACGGGGAUGAGCUGACCCCUGCUGAAGAGGCUGCUGCCAAAGAAGCAGCCGAGUCCAAAGGAGUGGUCAAGUUCGGUUGGAUUAAGGGGGUCCUGGUCCGCUGCAUGUUGAACAUCUGGGGUGUGAUGCUCUUCAUCCGCAUGUCAUGGAUCGUUGGUCAGGCUGGAAUCGCUCUCUCCUGUUUGAUCGUCGCCAUGGCUACUGUUGUGACAACCAUCACCGGCCUCUCUACCUCCGCCAUCGCCACCAAUGGAUUUGUACGAGGAGGUGGAGCAUAUUAUUUGAUUUCCAGGAGUCUGGGCCCAGAGUUUGGAGGUUCUAUCGGUCUGAUCUUUGCCUUUGCCAACGCGGUGGCCGUAGCCAUGUACGUGGUGGGGUUUGCUGAAACCGUUGUGGAGCUUCUUGCUGGUGUGGAUGCUGUUAUGACGGACCAAACCAACGAUAUCCGCAUCAUCGGCACCAUCACAGUCAUCCUUCUCCUCGGCAUCUCGGUGGCAGGAAUGGAGUGGGAGGCCAAGGCCCAGAUAUUCCUGCUCGUUGUCCUCAUCACAGCCAUCAUCAACUACUUCAUCGGAUCCUUCAUUCCAGUCAAGUCCAAAGAGUCUGCGGGCUUCAUGGGCUAUGAUGCUGCGAUCAUGUGGGAGAACAUGGGUCCUGACUUCCGAGGGGAGACGUUCUUCUCCGUCUUCGCCAUCUUCUUUCCUGCAGCCACUGGUAUUCUAGCUGGAGCCAACAUUUCUGGAGACCUCGCGGACCCCCAGCUGGCCAUCCCCAGAGGAACCCUUCUGGCCAUAUUGAUCACAGGAAUAGUCUACCUGGGUGUUGCUGUCUCAACAGGCUCCUGUAUUGUGAGAGAUGCCAGUGUUGGUCUGAACCAGACAGUCAGUUCUCAGUUCAUGAUGAACUGCACUGAUGCUGCCUGCAAGUUUGGCUACGAUUUCUCUUCGUGUAAGAACGACGAGAAGGGCUGCCCCAAUGGACUCCAUCAUGACUUCCAGGUGAUGAGCCUGGUGUCUGGAUUCGGGCCCAUCAUCACUGCUGGGAUCUUCUCCGCCACCCUGUCCUCAGCUCUGGCCUCUUUAGUCAGUGCUCCCAAAGUUUUCCAGGCUUUAUGUAAGGACAACAUCUACCCUGGCUUAGACAUGUUCGCCAAAGGCUACGGCAAGAACAACGAGCCCCUGCGAGGCUACAUCCUGACCUUCGGCAUCGCUCUGGCCUUCAUCCUCAUCGCUGAGUUGAACAUAAUCGCUCCCAUCAUCUCCAACUUUUUCUUGGCAUCCUAUGCCUUGAUCAACUUUUCUGUGUUCCAUGCUUCACUGGCUAACUCACCAGGGUGGCGGCCCAGCUUCAAAUACUACAACAUGUGGGUUUCUCUUGCUGGAGCGAUACUGUGCUGUGUGGUGAUGUUUGUCAUCAACUGGUGGGCUGCUCUCCUCACCAACGUCAUUGUUCUGGGUCUUUUUAUCUACGUCAGCUACAAGAAGCCAGAUGUGAACUGGGGCUCAUCCACUCAGGCUCUGACCUACCACCAGGCCCUGACCCACACGCUGCACCUCAGCGGAGUGGAGGACCACAUCAAGAACUUCAGACCCCAGUGUUUGGUGAUGACUGGUUACCCCAACUCUCGUCCAGCUCUUCUUGAUCUGGUGCACAGCUUCACCAAGAACGUGGGCCUGAUGAUCUGUGGUCAUAUUCGCACGGGCUACAGAAGGCCAAACUUCAAAGAGAUGGCCACAGACCAGGCCAGAUACCAGCGCUGGCUACUGAAGAAUGAGACCAAGGCGUUCUACACACCAGUGUUUGCUGAGGACAUGAGGCAGGGCACACAGUACCUGCUCCAGGCUGCUGGCCUGGGGCGCCUCAAACCCAACACCCUGGUGCUGGGCUUCAAGAACGACUGGAGGGACGGGGACAUGAUGAACGUGGAGACGUACAUCACUAUGAUCCAUGAUUCAUUUGACUUCCAGUUCGGUGCUGUUAUUCUGCGACUCAAAGAAGGACUGGAUGUGUCCCAUAUCCAAGGACAAGAUGACUUGUUGUCCUCCCAGGAGAAGUCCUCAGGGAUGAAGGAUGUGAUCGUGUCCAUAGACACCAGCAAAGACUCUGACGCAGACUCAUCCAAGCCGUCUUCCAAAGCCACCAGCCUGCAGAAUAGUCCGGCUAUUCAGAAAGAUGACGACGAUGAUGGCAAAGCUCCAACUCAGCCCCUGUUGAAAAAAGACAAGAAGAGCCCCACGGUUCCUCUGAAUGUGUGUGACCAGAGGCUGCUGGAGGCCAGCCAGCAGUUCCAGAAGAAACAAGGGAAGGGCACCGUGGACGUCUGGUGGCUGUUUGAUGAUGGCGGCCUGACGCUCCUGAUCCCCUACCUGCUGACCAACAAGAAGAGGUGGAAGGACUGCAAGAUCCGCGUCUUCAUUGGAGGAAAGAUCAACCGGAUUGAUCACGACCGCCGAGCGAUGGCCACUCUGCUGAGCAAGUUCAGGAUAGACUUCUCGGACAUCACCGUGCUGGGAGACAUUAACACCAAGCCCAAGAAAGAGCAUGUGUCGGCCUUUGAGGAGCUAAUCGAGCCGUAUCGGCUGAAGGAGGACGACAUGGAGCAGGAGGCUGCAGAGAGGCUGAAGAACAGCGAACCCUGGAGGAUCACCGACAACGAGCUGGAGCUGUACCGCGCCAAGACUAACCGUCAGAUCAGACUCAACGAGCUGCUGAAGGAGCACUCAAGCACAGCCAACCUCAUCGUCAUGAGUCUGCCGUUGGCCAGGAAGGGCGCGGUGUCCAGCGCUCUCUACAUGGCCUGGCUGGAGGUUUUGUCCAAGGAGCUGCCUCCCAUCCUGCUGGUCCGCGGCAACCACCAGAGUGUCCUCACCUUCUACUCUUAAACACACUCGGAGAGCAAAGAAAUCCACGUUUUUAAGUCUCACAUCCACUUCUGCCUGUGGGAACAGACACACAUAAACAUCCCAGUUCCAGUCCAAACCUAAAGGUGCACCACAUUCACACUCCAGACACAGUAGAAACACACUGCUGGUAAUAUGAAUAAAGAUGAAGCAAGUGAAAACGGUUGAGAUGUGAAAAGCCCGACCAGUGAUGGAGGAAUGUCAGGGUUGGGGUGGGGGGGUGGAUGAACGGUGGCCCACUCUGCUCCUUUCUUUCUGUUGAUUCCAAGAUGUCUGGGUUUUUCUUUUGUAGCUCUACUUUCUUCUCAUUUUUUUCUCAAGUUUUUCAUUUUUGUCAAAGUUUCUUUUUCUCUCAGGCUCCAAAGCAGUCGUGCACAAUGUUCACGUUGUUGUUUUUCAUGAUAUGGAAUAUCUUGAUGUCAUAUUUGUUAAGUUAAUUGGACCAGUUGUUUUGUGUGAUGCAGCAAUAAUCACCCUGUUGUUAUCCUUAAAUGUUGGGAGAGAACCAUGCAGAAUGCUUUGCAACACCUUCUGAAGCCUUAUGGAUGUGCCUUCCAGUUGAAUCAGAUGGAAUAAUUAUAAUCUCUAUCCAGAUUGACAAUAAUACUUCUUAUAUUAGUGGAUAAUAGUUAGUUUCAUUGAGUUUAAAAUGUGAUUUCUUCUUAGUUGGAGCAUUGUAUUUAUGCGAGUGGAUUGCAUGAAUUUAAUGAAGGGUGUCCACUUGAUUGCAUGAAGACUUUCUCUGUCAUUUCUAUUUCUUUUGCUUUUUACCCUAAUCAAUGUGUUUAUUUUUGGGCCAUAGUAUUUUUUAUUUUGUAUUCACUUUUAAGUCUUCCUUUUUAAAAAACUGUUGAAUAUUAAUAAUAGCCUCAGCUACAACAACGACACAAGACACAGUUCAUAUUUUUAGGCACGGCGCCUAAAAAUGUUUCUACGGAUCUUAAAUUUAAGAUGUUUGUCUAAAAAAACAUACAAACCUUGUUUCCAUUAGCCUCGUCUCUCCCAUGUAGCUGCUGAUUGACUAAAUCCAGUCUUUUAUCUUUCUGUGUCCACGUAUACGGUUCUUCCCCUGAAAACAAACAAACUGCUCUACCCAACAAGCUAGCUAAAACUUUGCCUUAAUGCUAAACUAACGAUUGUCACGAGUUCUUUUCUCUUAUAAGCCAUACUGGCUGGACGCUUCGUGGGUAAACGCAGAUAGCAAUCCAUUGGUUCCAUGUUGUGAGACGUGUCUUCUCUACUGUAUAUGCAUCUUAAUUUUCUUGCCAUGGUCCACCCGCAUUAGCCACAUCGCUAACUCUAGGCCUGUGUUGCUGGCGGAGUGGUCCGCCAUGUUCCACUCUGCCACUUAGCGCCACGGUAGACUUAUGUAGUCCGUAUGGGUGUAUGAUGGACUGCUGCUCUCCAUUCCUACCAAGCCUAGACGUGCAGAGAGAAUGAACACUGGAAGACUUGCUGGCAGGAAGAAUGUGACAUUAGAAUGUGUCAUGGCUGAGUGAUGAUAUACCUCUAUGCAUAUGAGCUUGUGUUGCGUAAGUACUUGUAAUAAAAGUCAUGUCCAUGUGAAAGGAUCUCCUCGCCUCAGUUUAAGUAAAGGGGCACGUGAGGCUCUAGCCUUUUUAAAUGUACCAUCAUUUUAACCCAUUGACGCCUGAAACGCCUGUAAAACCUCUGGGCGAUUUUAAAAUCAGCCCCUAAAACCUGAAGUUUUUCUGCAAAUUCAACAGAAGUGUCAACGCUUCCUACUAAAUAAUAGAUUUUUCAGCCUCUGUAGCAGAUAGAAAUGAAAUUCAAAAAGUAUUUGAGAGCUUAUACAAAUACUACAAAACGACAUAUAUAUGUUUUCCAGGCUUCAAUGGGUUAAGAGAAGUAGAACAUUUCACAGUUUAUACUCUGAUGUUCUAAAUAAGGUCAAAAGUUCCCGAUUAUUUCACAAUAAAAGUCCCAAAUUUAAACUGCAGCUACUAAACAGCUGCUACUUUUUGGAGUGUUAAAGUUACAUUUUUUUUUUAGAGGUGUGAUCAGACUGAAUGCAAAGCUCAACUAUUAAUUAUAACAAUAAUUGCCGAGAUGUCAAGUGGAAGUCAUGCUUACUUCUCAAAGUUCCAGUUUCUGAAAGCAGCUAGACAAUGAAAAACCCCCAAUAUGAUUUAAGAAAAAAUAAAUGACUGGUAAGUUUUUAUAUCAGAGUUGUUCACUAAUUCACAUUGAAUGUCUGUGUCUCUGACAUUAAAAGUGGACAAACACUUUGUGGAUUACAUGACAAUUAUUGUGUUGAGUCUGAACACACCUGAAGGUCCAGUGGUUCCCACAGAACGGUUCUACUGAGAACUUUGUCUGGAAAACGGAAUAAUUCCAUUUCCAUUUUAUUCCAUGGAAUAAACAGGAUAAUGUAGAGCUAACUGUGGUUUCCCAUAUUUACUGUUUAUUCAUGUAAGUAAUGUUGAAAGUAAAGUUGGACCUAACUCCCAUUAGAUUAAAGAAAAAGAAAAAGUCCAUUAUGGUCCUGAAAGAUUCGAAACUGCCACAAAACAAAUGGUUCAACAGGGUUCUUUCAUUUCCAAUGAACAUUUUUUUCCGAUGACGGUUACCUUUUAGCUUGUUACUUUCAUGUUCUCUGUCCUUUACUGUAUGCAAUUUCAAAAGAGGAUUGUGACACAAUGCUUAGCUUAGUGGAAUGUACUGUAUAAUAAUAAUGAACACUAGGAGUUUUUUUGUUUUCCAUCAUGUACAUGAACAGUUCUGUGUGUCAGCUUCAUCCCAUCACUCUGCUUCACCUGCACAAUGUGUAGGACAGGACUUUAAUAUACGUAUAUACACGUGUGAAC